UAUUCGAUUUUUCACUGAAGAAAAUGUGGUUGCCCAUAAAAUGAAAAAGAAAAUUUUUGAUGUGCUCAGUUCUGUGACAGAUAUUCAAUUAUUGUGAAUACUAAUACGAUUAUCUUACAACCAGAUAAGGAGGUCUGAACCAAUUCGUAGGCUGGGGAUUGCAUAACUAGGAGUCUAAGCGCAUAAUUCUGUAAAAAUUUUUUAAUCUUCCCAUCUUUGGUUUGUGCGCAGUAUCUGAGUAUCUCCCAUCAAGUCUUCUUCGAGUGGAUCCUCUUUUGGAUACUGUAACUUGUUUAACUGACAUUUUCGUUGAAUAAGAUACGAUACAAUAAUCAGCGUGCUGUAUCAUUAAUGAUCAUAAGGUCCCGUUUAGAUGUAGAUAGAUAUACUGGAUAGAGGAAAGUGCGGAAAACUCUUCGGACGGAAGCAAGCCUGGGACAUCCGUCCAUGCAGAGUUUACGAUCUCUUAUCAUUUUGAUUUUGAUCGGAUUAUCGUGAUUUUACUACAUGAGAACGAUGGGGGAUGAGAACUUUACCCAAAAUCCAUUCUACAUUGCCCUGACGAAGGAAUACAAAGAUCUGUACAGCAAAGCGUGUGAUCGGAAAUGUAUUAUCUGUGUUCCUCGCCUGUCCUCAUUACCACUACACAAGAAAACCAACGCAUUGCUGACAAAAAAAUCGGAGCUCGGACUGCAUAUUCUCAUGCCUUCCCCGCUGCAGGUGCAUGUUGACGGUCUGCACGAUUGUGUACAAAAGGGCUAUUCAGUGGUCAUCAAUCCGAAGGCGGGAACUAUUGCGGGAUAUUCUGGAUUUGCCAGGAAUUUCUCGGCAAAAAUCUUAUCUGAGGAACGGUGCUACGACGAGAACGGUCGCUCAUUUACGCUGCUGCUCAUCGAUCGACCGUUAGGCGGUGAUAUGGACACUUUCGACAGAUCUGUUCCCACCAUGGAAUAUAAUGUGAUAACCCUUUCAGCGGCCAGCUGUGAGGAAUUCCUUCGCAGUUCCCUACCGCCACAUGAGGCGGAACGGAUAAUUGGGAACUAUAAAAAGUCCAUUGAGCAGUAUUACUGUACUUAUUUGAUGCUGGAAGGCUACGUUGACGAUUUGGCCAAUAAACUGCGCUUGCUGGUCAACAAGACGCUGGAUUCGGAAAUAUUGCGGGUAUCCAGUAAUAUUAAUCGAAAAGACGCUGCCGCCGCGCUGGAAGUUUACGGACACAAUAUCCUUUUCCAUAAAAUAUUCGAUUUUUUACGGGAUAAAGUUUAUAUGGAAGCAGAUGGGUUGCUGAAAAAGAAUCUCAGUACCGUGAAGAAGCCGACUUCAGUUGAUGGACUAGAUGUCACAAACGCUAAGUUUCAGAACGCGGAAGAGUUUCUUGGGAAAAUGCCCAGUCAGACCUCCCCGCUGCAGCAGCUAGUGUUUUUUGGACGGGCUCUUCAGGGCUUACGGGAAGAUGUGAUGCUUUUCCACAGGGAGCAGCUGCGAAUGGGCAAAACCAAAGUAAAAUCUGUGGCCUUGACAGCGGACGAUAUUCUGAAUUUGAUCCUAUAUGUUAUGGCGUCGAAGAAAUGUGGAUGUUUACGCACAGUUCUUGCUUACAUAACCAAAUUUUGCUUUACAAUUCCCGAAGCUAGCCUGCAGUACGCGUUAACCACAUUUGAAGCUGCAGUCAAAUUCCUGGAGGAAGACAAGUCAGAUAACAAGGAGCCGGUCAACCGUUUCAGAAAUUCCUCUUCCAAAAGCUCAACUGAGGAUUGGGAUAUCCCGGAUAAAAUGUCCUUGAUUACGUUAAGAGACGAUUACCCCAAGAACGGCACUGCAACAGCAGUUAACGGAAACAGUUUUGAGAAGGUGCCGUCGGUCGGUAACGGGAUUGCAAAAUCUGUUAUGCAGACCAAAAAGCCGUCACCGUUAGAUAUCUUUCGCUCAGGAGUGGCAUAUGGAAAACAAGAAUGAGUAAUCAGCAGUGAAAGCAUUAUUGGGAUAUCCAUGUCCAUGACAAUAUAUCGAUGAAGAAAGAUACGUAAUAUAUAACGGUGGAUACCGAACGGUUAAUUUUGGCUGACAAAUCUGGAAUUGUUUUGGGUUAUUGUAUUGUAAUUACUACUUCAGCGUAUCCAGUGCUGCUUGACCAGUGAUUUUCUAUUCGAUUUUUUAUUUUCGGCUGUAGAAAAUGCGUAUUCUUUAUAAUGAUUGAGAUGCUGGAGAAAUUAUAAAUUUCGCUUUUACAAGUUG